AUGAGCCCCUCCGGUCAGCCUACAGGAAACCAAGCCUCGUCCUCCUCGAGGGCUAGGACAGACAACAACCGCACGUCCCAGCAGGCACGGCCCACGACGAACUACCUUCCGGAUCUCGUAAACUGGGUUAAAAACUCCAAUGCACACCCCCUUCCCAGUGUAGAAUGUGCGAUUUGUGGAGAUCCCAUCGGUGUCACCUACCCCGACGGUGAAAGCGUCUAUUCGGAUGAGCCAAGCUCGGUCGCCGAUAAGAGGAAGCUGACUUUUGGCCAUCUGUACAGCUGCCAGCACAUUGUCUGCAGGACCUGUUCGGUCAGUUGGCUUAUCAACCGUCCACAAUCCAUGUGUCCCUAUUGUAGGGCUGAUGAUCCUCAACGGUCUUCCAUGCGUCUUCAGGCGACGGUAAACGACGCGUUCCGUCAAUAUAGAGGCCAAGUACGUUGCCAGAGGUAA